CCUACAUGUCUCGACAUGUCUCAUUACUCAUGGUCAGGUCGAUCAUGUUUGAGGAUAAAUAGUAAUGAACUAGAAAUAAAAUACAAUGUCCUAUGAUAUAUAAACGUUGAGGAUAGUUUAAAGCAUCACCAUGUUGUGAUUGAGUUAUCAACACGACUACAGACCUAUGCAAACAAUCGGAUUGAUUUCGCAUAAUGUUGGAAAAAUGAAUCUUCAAGGACAUGGCUUUCGUCGAUGCAUUAAUCUGUAAACAAGAAGUUCAGAGACGUACAAAAGAUUGACAAGUCCGCUCUCAUCCUGUCUUGCCUAAAUAGAUUGUGGAAGAAUCAUUCAAAUGUUCGCACACUGAAAAGCAGUGGUCAAAUUUGAUAAAGGUACAAUGUCUUAUUGUUUCAAACAUGGCUGAAAUACAAGAUUGUUCAAACCAUGUUUGCGAUCCGUGUUCGUUCGAUGGUAAGAGUGAAGCACCACAGCAUUUUUGUGUAAACUGUUUAGAAUACUUUUGCAGUACCUGUGCAAAGGAUCACAGAAAAUUCAGACAGUCACGAGACCAUAUGAUACUCGACACAUUGCCAACUGAUGACACAAUCUAUGAAAAACUGCAGACAUUGUCUCGAUGCCCAAUUCAUCCACAGGUCGAAAUUGAAAGCUAUUGCAAAGAGCAUAGCUCAAUUAUCUGUCAAUAUUGCAUUAAAGACAAACACAAAAUGUGUGGAGAUAUAGUUGAUCUUGCGGUAUUCCAGAACGAACAUGUUGGCAUAACUCAGACACUUGAGGAAAUCAGGCAAAAAACUGAGUUGCUUCGUACAGAAAAAGAUAAGGAGAGCGCUAGAUUUCACACAAUUAAUACGUCUAUUAAACAGGGUAUAUGUUCAUAUGUGCAACAGAUACGAGACGUUGCAGAUGGCGUUGAAAAAUGUUUGAACGAACAGCAUGCGUCGCUUGUUUCUCUCUUGUUCGAUGAAUGGAACCAAUAUGAACAAAAUCUGACGAGCACCGAAAUCCGAUUGCGUGAAUACGAACAUUUAUCGAAAAUUAUUGGUGAAUGCGGAAAAAGCAACGAUAUGCGGGUUCUUGUUUGGAAGAUUUGUAAUUUGAAGAUACAUUCCGAUGUACCAGAUGACCUUAAAUCAGUUGUAUCUAAACAUAUAAAACUAAAUACGCCGAGCAAUGCUUGUGCACUUCUAAAAGCAUUAGAGAAGUGCACAGUUGUUUUGGCUAGUAUGGCUGAAAUCGCAAUGGAAACAGGUAGUGAUGAUGUUACAAGUUACGAGGAAAGCACUUCUGUAAAUCCAGGAUUCGUUGGUGAUUGCCAAAUCUCCAAAUUUGAAAAAGAGGUACAAGUAAAUGAAGAUAUGUUUGAGGCGCAGAGUAAAUCACACGAUAUACCAUUACACAUUUCUAAAUUUGAUAAAGAUGUACAAGUGGACGAAAGUAUGUUUGAGUUGCAGAGUAAAUCACACGAAAUACCAUUUAAAAUCUCCAAAUUUGAUAAAGAUGUACAAGUGGAUGAAAGUAUGUUUGAGUCACAGAGUAGAUCACACGAUGUACCCUUGAUGGAGAUGAAAAUAUUACCGAAAAUUGACAAAAUAAAGUUACAGACGGACUAUGGGGAUGAAUGCGAAUGUAACGUUGUUGCGUCGGAUGUAUUGGGUGAUGGAAGAAUUAUUGUACUGGACCAAACAAAUAAUGAAGUUAAGAUUUUUUCUGUUGACCUUCAGUUAUUAUCGUAUAUGACCGUCGAUGACAUGCCAUUAGAUAUGUGCAUCCUGGAAGAAAGUCAAAAUGGAAAUUUUAUGAUCGCGAUUUGUUUUGAGACCUCGAGUGCUUUGAAUAUUUUCGCAUACGAUGGUGCGUUUCGUGAAACAAACACAGUGGACGUAGAAAAUGUCGAAUACAUACUUGGCAUUGCAAUGUAUAGAAAACACAUCGUAGCAAUAACAAGAUCCUCUGAAAGCUACUCCAGAUAUCUCAACUAUACGAUACAGUUGAUUGAUCCGUCGACAGGUCAUGUUUGCUAUGCUUUUGAUGAAUUCUUAAAAAUUACUGAUGGAAAACGAAUCAAAUUGCCAGAGGAAGACAUAAGAAUCCAUGCAUGUCAAUCAACAAUGAAAAUCAUACUUUCGUGUUCGAGCACGGUGUUUGUUUUUAAUAUCGAAGAUGGCAAUUGUGUCGACAAAACAUCGCACGGAGUAGCACUGUGUGUUUGGUUCUACAAAUACCAGGGGGCAGCAACUUUAGGGACCGUUAUGGACGUGAAGACGGACUCUCAAGGAAAUGUUUAUGUGUGUGAUUUGGAACGAAAGUGGGGCGGUAUCCAUCAGGUUUCUGCGUGCUCUUUUAAGGAAAACAAACUUCUGAUUAAUAAUUGUAAAGAUGUAUCAUCGCUCGCCAUUGAUGAAAAUCGAAAGCGAAUUAUUGUCUGCUUCAGAUGCGGAAACCGUAUACGAGUGUAUUAUUACAUUACGUGACAAAAAUUAUUUGAUGUUAAUAUGCAUAUGGCAUUAAUGCUGUUGUGAAUAACUCUCAGUCAAAUAUGCGGUAAUAAUUCAGUGCUCCAGCUACGAUUUUAAAAGGGCAGGGGGGGGGGCUUUUUUUUCAAAAGGGCACUUUAGACGCGCAGUAUUUUGUCAAAAGGGCACUUUCGAGCGCGCGGGCGUUUCUGGAAUGCUUCCUCUUGCAUGUUAAUUUAUAUGUUAUAAAUAAGUGUUAGAAUAUAAUAUAUAUUAUUAUUCCCAUAUUUAUUAAACAAUUCAAAUAUAAUGUCUACAAUGAGGAAUAAAUUAAUUACAAUGUAUUGUAAUAAGAGAUUUAUAAAUCAUCAUAUGUAAAAAAAAGGCGGAGGUUCGGGAGGACAGGGCGGGGCGCCCUUCAAUUUAGGCCUAGCUGGAGCACUGGGUAUUGAGCACCUUAAAGACGGUUUAAACUAUAACACUUUACAGGGGCCGUCUCAAGGAAGUUACUAUAUGUUUCUAUUUUUGUGCGUAUGUUGCAAAAUUUGUGUGUUGUGUCUAAUGCUUUUGUAUUCUGCCAAUGUGCUCUUUCAUUUGGGCUUUUAUAUUACAUAUAUUUUUCUGAUGCAGCUGAACUUAAACGUUAAUAUACGUGAGUGACUUAUUUUAGGCUUUAAUUUCUUUGAUAAUUGUAGUUUGUGUAUACCUUUUCGUCAAUGUUCCGAGGGGAAAAAAUGUGUGUAUCAUGGUACGUUUGAACGAGUUUAUCAAUGAUUUAUCUCGUUGAUAAAUAUACCAUUUUUUUUCCACGCAUUUAAAACAUUUAACAACCCCAAAUUAUUGACCACAGUUAUUACUAGUGUUUUGACACUGGUCUUUAGUUGCGUAUGAAUGUUUAUCAUGUUGCAUGGACAUACAGCGGUUUGUCUUUGACAAUAAUUGUUAAAAUUUUGAAAGCAUCCAUGCGAAACCUUAAUACACAGAUUAAUGUGUUUUUACUGUAUACGUUUGUAUUUUAAAUCUAGUUUUCUCAUUUUUGAAAAAAAGGCAUGCAUUAACAAAACGUAAAUACUUUGGAAUAAUAUCAAACCAUCAUACGAUCAAGAAAACAAGUUUACUAACAAUAUUUUGCAUUCACCGACAUUCGACCCCAAGUCUAGUCGUAUAAUGUUCGUCACACUUAUCCAGAUUUUGAAGGUUCUAGUCCCAAAGUAUACCGGUAAACAUUUUAUACUGAGGAUUUUUUCUGUUAAUGAAAUGUUCUUUUUAUCCACUCAAACAAAAUACACAGCAAACAAUUCAGCAACAAUACCACUAGACAAUUAAGUUUCCAUAAUGGUACAUGUAGUAAACACUUGUAUUGAAAAUGCUGCUUACAUAUCGCAUUAACUCGUGUGUUUUCAACCCAUAUGACAUCAACCAAAGCUUGUCGAUGUUAGAAAUAAAACAUUAAAAUACAUUUACAUUACUCAUUGUUAAACACAGACUUUGCUUCAUCUGAAAUAAACAUCAACUUAAGACAAUGCAAUCUUACUUAAAUCGUAAAAUUGCGUCAAACUGUUGACCCUUAUCAUCGGAUUAGGUGUUCACGUGCCCCGCGUCGCGAGCAUCAGAAAUUAUAAACUAAUACAUAACAUACUUUCCCGACUGUAAAUCAUGCACUGCAGCAAAGAAUUGUACCACCUCAGAUGUUCUGUUUUCGAAAUUCAGAGAGUUUGGUAUAAAGGGGGAUUUCAAACAUUAAACGGUUAUGGAGAUAUUUUAUAAGGAUUCCAGUGUUAAGAUAGUUAGGUUUUCAGGAAGUACACUGUACCUCAACAUGGUGGCGCUGCUACUUCUUAUAAUCUCCAUAAUUCGAAUGACUGAAGCACCUUCGAAUCUAGAUUAACACUUUGCUUGAAUAGUUUACGCUUGAUAAGGAUGUUAUCUAUUUCUUGGAACGGUUUGAGAUAAACGAAUUUAGUUUUAUGUAUGAUUAACUAAUUAAGCCAAUUUCCAUAGAACAAAUUAAUAAAGCUAUAAACACAGGAAUUAAAGUCUUGAAAGUGGAGACCCUGAUAUUCGCAUAUUAAUAAGUUUUUGUCCAUUAUAGAGACACGCUUUUGCAUAUUUUAUGACACUUUUCAACACAAUAUUUGAUAGUGGUUAUUUUCCAACUACUUGGUUUGAAGGCUUCGCUGGGCCUUUGCACAAAAAGGGCAGUAAAAAUGAAGAAAAUAAAUAUAGAGGCAUAGCAUUAUUGAGUGCGUUAGGGAAAGUGUCGCUUUUGAAAUGUAAGACUCUCCUAUUGGGCGUAACAUUAUUAUGUAUACGUAGAAGCAAAUGCGGUUUUAGACAAAAUACGAGCACUAUUUAUAAUAUUUUGUACUGCAUUGUCUUCAGAUACACUUAUUUAAUCAGAGAAAACUGCUUUUUGUGUAUUUGUGGACUCAAGUAGAGUCUUAAAGUAUGUUGUUUGAGAAAACCUUAGGUGCAAACUCAUAAACAAGCACUACUAGGCAUACACUGUAAUAAAGAAAGAUCAGUAUACUCAUCUGUUAAAUUUAGAGUAAAAUAUUUUACUAAAUUAUGUGUGGAUUUCGAAUGUUUGCUAGGUGUCAGGCAAGCGAAUUGCAUAUCGCUGUUCCUGUUUACUAUGUUUCUAAAUCAUUUAGAAACAGUCUUUUCUGAAGGUGGUAUUACUGGUAUAGAUAUGGAUGAUGUCACAAUUUUACUUUAUUGAAAUGUACGCAGGUGAUAUAAUUAUUUUUGCAAAUAACGCCGAGGCAUUGCAACAUAACAAAAAUGUAUUUUAUGAACAUCGCAUACGCAGGAAGUUAGUAGUUUACACCGAUAAUAUUAAUGUAAUAAUUUUCAGAAAAGAGGGACGGUUGACAAACAAUAUUUCAUUCCACUACAGUGAUAUUGAAAUCGAAAUAGUAACGACGUUUAAUUACCUUGGUGUUGUAUUUACGCCUGGUGGCUAUUUCUCUGGUGCACAAAGCAAAAUAUCUGGCAAAGGUUUAAAGGUUAUAUUCAAUAUGAACAAAUAACUGAACAAGUUUACCGACAGUACUAUUAAACACAGAGCCCUCAAAAUGAUUUCAUAUACGGCGAACUUGGGUGCCUAAACUGUCCAACAAAUAGAUAUUAUACUAUUAUAAAAUAUUGGGUUAAAAUAUCACACACUGGUACAUGUAGUAGCACAUUCAAUAAAGAAAUGUACCUUAUAUUGUUAAAUGAUUGCGAAUGAUAUCCUAACAAAAAGGAUGGUAUUCCCUACUACGUGAUUGCUAUGCACACUUGCAUUUAACGAUGCCUGGUAUUUUUAGGAUGUCGGUCACGAUACUGUAUUUCUUGGCGCUAUUAAACAAAGACUUACAGAUAAUUUAAACUCGAGUGUAGCUCUUUUUUUUAGAAGUAUAGCAAGCUUUUAAUUUAAACCAUACUUAGUAAUAUAUUAUAUUAACAAGUACUUAUUUAGCUUAUAUGGGUUACGCUCAUCUUCUCAUAGAUUGAGAAUGUAAAGUGGCAGAUGGUUUAAACGAAAUCCUACACCUAUUGAGCAAACGAUAUGUAUUGCCUGUAACCGUCUAGAAGACGAAAACCAUGAGUUUUUUAAUACAAAUUAUAUACAGAUUUAAAAUGUAAAAAUAUAACUUAAUAUUACAGAAACAGACCAAAUAUGCAAAAUAUUAUCAAAUUAAUGUCUCCCGAAAGUGAAUUUGUUUUGCAAAAACUUAGUACCUUUGUCCAUGACGCAUUUUUCGUUAGAUUAACUAACAUGUAUCAACCCUUGAUGUAGAUUUACCCAUUCAACGUAUUCCAUUUUUGUCGUGUAUUUAUAUAUGCUGUCGACUACGUUCACUCAAGAUUGUAUAUUGCUGCUGUUUUUGUUUUUGUAUGUAAAUGAUAUGUGCGUAUAUUUAAUAUUUGAUCAAAAUGUUAAGUGUAUAGUGUUUCAGUUAAACAAAAAAUAUAGUUAAUGUGUAUCUUUUAAAUUUUAAUUUAAUUAUGUGAUUUAUCGAAUGCAUAUCAUCUACCAUAUAUUUUUGUUGCGAACUGUACUUCCCUACUAACAUAUACUGCUUUGUAUCCGAAUAUACUGAUAUAACGAUUGUCAUGCAGUACUGGUUGAUAUCAGCGGGGAAUAUAUAUUAUAACAAGCAAUUUCGUUGAAUUGAUACGCCCCGUCAAAUAAAUUUUGUUUAUGGAUAAUUGUGCAAAUUUCUUAAUAUAGGGUAUAGUAAUAAAAAAAUUCAGUGUAGGGUAAUUGAUUUUAUGAAUGGCAAUUCUCCUCAUGGAUAUCUAUACACCCAUAAAGUGUCAUGUUGAAAUCGUGCAGCAUAUCUGAGAUAUAGCCUUAAAAAGUUACAUCAUAUAAAAACAACAAAGGGGAGAUAUAGCCUUAAAAAGUUACAUCAUACAAAAACAACAAAGGGCAAUAAUUAUAGGUUAACAGGUUGUUAGGUUAAGGUUCUUGUGCAUGGAACUUCUUUCCAUUGAUUUCUACACACCAAUGAAGUUUCCCGUUGAUAUGGUGUAUCGUAUUUGAAACAUAGCCAUGAAAAGUUCCAUCAUAGAAAAACAACAAAGGGCAAUAAUUCGAAUGGUUAUAGUUCUUACGCAUGACACUUCUCAUUAAAAUCUAUACACCAUUUAAGUUGCAUGUUGAAGUCUUGCAGAGUAUCUGAGAUAAAGUCUUAACAAGUAAAAACGUUAGACGAACAAGCGUGUUAUAUCUACUCUUACAACACCUUCUAUUUCGUUUCGCUUAGGUUAUUUGUUUAAAGGAAAAGAUGCGCGAAUUUUAAUGUUAUUUUAAUCUUACAAGUUCAUUCUAAAUCUCAUGUAUUGUAGUUCCUCUUCUUUUUAACUUAAGUAAUACAAUACACUAUAUACUCAGCGUCUCUUGUAUUUUCGGUAUUUUUGUGUUAGUUCUUGUUAUUGUCUCUUUAUUGUUGUGUGCGACGAUUAAAUACAUGUUUUAAUGAAUGUAAAAAGUGUUGAUAAAAAUCACUACUCUUCUUUAAAAAAAUAAAUACAUUAAAUGUUUAUCAACUGUUGUCAAUGAUUAAUUGAUUUUAUUUCUUUAUGUAUUAUGUAUACCGUUAGCAACCAAGCUUCCUCAUUAUUUAAAUACUCACCAUAAUUAUGAAUAUAUGUGUAAUAAUGUUGUUAUUACAUUGCAUGUACUAAAUUCUGACUACAUGGGACAUUGGCUUUAUGGAAAUGUUGUAGAUAAAUCUAAAAUAUGUAAAUCUGAUUCAUUCAUAUAUGCUCUUCAUAUCUUGUACUUAUUAUAUCUUAUGAAUUAGCAUUCGUA